GGGAGGACCUGGGGAGGAGGUCGGAGCUGCAUGGAGUUUCUAGGGCGCGCAACUCCGGCGGGGCCUCUGCCACUGGGCUCCUGGGCGUUGCGCGGCAGCCGCGCACAUGGGUUGAGGCCGCGCGCCAGGGCUCCGCACUGCCGGCUGGAGCGGGAACGGGAGCGGGAGGGGUAGGCGGGCGCGCCGUGCCGGGGUGCGGGCGCACGUCCCCAGACCGGAGCAGAGGACAAGGACAGGGAGGGACACGCCACACCGCGCUCGGGGCGACGAGGGGCUCUCGCGGGCCGGCGUGAUCCUGGGGAGCGGCCCGGGGGCGCCUCUAGAGCCGGUGGCAGCGGCGAUGCCGGCGCGGGGACGCGGCUGCGGGCUGGAAGUGUGAGCACGCGCCGAGCGCUGCCUGCAGGCGCCUCCCCCCGUGUCGCCCCCUCCCUGCGGGCCUCGGAGGAAGCCCCCGGCGCCGAACACAGGCGCCACGGAACCCGGGCCCUUGCGGCAGGCCGACCCCGGCCCAGCGAGAGGGAGAAGAUGCCUUUCCACCAUGUGACUGCUGGCCUGCUGUACAAGGGCAAUUACCUCAACCGUUCUCUCUCGGCUGGCAGUGACAGUGAGCAGCUUGCUAACAUCUCUGUGGAGGAGCUUGAUGAAAUCCGGGAGGCCUUUCGUGUUCUGGACCGAGAUGGCAAUGGCUUCAUCUCCAAGCAGGAGCUGGGAAUGGCCAUGCGCUCUCUGGGGUACAUGCCAAGUGAGGUGGAGCUGGCCAUCAUCAUGCAGCGCCUGGACAUGGAUGGUGAUGGUCAGGUGGAUUUUGAUGAAUUCAUGACAAUUCUUGGCCCCAAACUGGUGUCUUCAGAAGGUCGUGAUGGUUUUCUUGGAAACACAAUAGAUAGCAUAUUCUGGCAGUUUGACAUGCAAAGGAUAACUCUAGAAGAGCUGAAGCACAUCCUCUAUCAUGCUUUCCGUGACCACUUAACCAUGAAGGACAUUGAGAACAUCAUCAUCAAUGAGGAGGAGAGCCUGAACGAGACCUCGGGGAACUGCCAGACAGAGUUUGAAGGAGUGCAUUCCCAGAAACAGAACCGGCAGACCUGCGUGCGGAAGAGCCUCAUCUGCGCCUUCGCCAUGGCCUUCAUCAUCAGUGUCAUGCUGAUCGCCGCCAACCAGAUCCUGCGCAGCGGCAUGGAGUAGCGCUCCCCUGCCCCGCCCUUGCGCAUGCGCAUGCCCGCGGGCAGACCACACCUGGGGUGGGCAGACCAAACCUGGGGUCAGGACGAUGCACACCUGGUCUGCUGCCACCAGAACCCAAGGUUGCAGAGCAACCCGUGUUGUGAAUCAACUUCAUUUCCUUGGCAGGGACACCAAAGGGCUGUCUUAAAUGCUUUAAUGGUUUUGUUUCCUAAUGCAAUAAAUAGCCAGGAGUUCCGAAUGAUCACUUCAACCUCCUGCAGUCACUCUGGAGAGACACUUCAUGUUCAUCUUGAAAUGACCAGAUCGUGAAAGAGAAAGAGGAGUAUAUCCUCCGCCACUUCCACACCCAUCCUUUCCUCCCAGGGGUCACCUAGAGACAUACUCCCGAGGGCACCCCAUAGGCCCAUGAGGCUGACUUGGGUCUUGCUACAGAAAAGGCGUCUUUCCCUUUUGUCCUGGCUUCCUUUGUCGACUGGAAAUAUCCUCCCACCGCCCCCACCAGGCCUGAGGGAUGAGCCAUGGGAUGGGGGUGUAGCACCUAGCAGUCUGCAAACUGUACCCCUUUCAGAUCUUACUGCCUUUUCUACAGGACUUUUGAUGACGGGCUUGGGGAGCUCUUGGUUUGCGCAGGCAUUUGGUUGUCUGUUCCUUGAACCCAUCGCGCACCAGCAUUUUGGAAUCUGCAGAGAACCUUCCUCUCAGCUUUGACGCCUGUGCUGCCACUAGAGAAAAAAAGAAGUUUCAUCAUGGGCAUCUCUAUAACAUAGACACAGACUCUGACCAUGUAUAUCUGGCUUCUUCGUGUGUGAUAUAUUACUCCUUGAUUGCUAAUUCUCCUUCUAAGUUUGUUCGCUGAGUCAUGUUCUGAUCUCU